AGCAUAUGCAUCUGCUUAAAUGGCAGGAACUUCUUCAGGAUGGAGAGCUACGUUUCUUAUCUUUGUUGGAUUCUUGGGAUCAUCUGAGAUAGUCUCCUGUUAUGUUUUUGACAAGACAUAUCCAUUCUUCAGGAGAGGUUUUCUCCAUAUAGUACACGUUGAACCUUGAACACUUAAGCAGCACACCAGAAAUAUGGAGGAGGAGGACCUAAGUGAAAGAGGAUUGCCACAAAUUGCUUCAAUCAUGAAUAGAGUUAGAGACUUGAAAAACAAAUACAGAAAUGAAGACAAUAUCACAGAUGAGCUUAACUGUACUAAAAUCUCGGCUGAUACAACAGAUAACUCUGGAACUGUUAAUCAAAUAAUGAUGACAACAAAUAACCCGGAGGAUUGGCUGUGUUUUUUGCUUAGGCUAGAAAAAAAGGGUAUUCCUCAAAUGGAUGUUAGCCUACUGAAUAGACUCAUUGGUCGUUACAGUCAAGCGGUGACUGCACUACCUGCAGAAAAGCAUAGUCAAGAUGAGAGCUAUGCUCGCAUCCUUGUGAGAUUUGCCGAGUUGAAAGCUCUUCAAGAUCCAGAGGAGGCACGGGACCAAUUUCAUCUGGCCAGACUGAACUGCAAGAAAUUUGCUUUUGUGCAUGUGGCUUUUGCACAGUUUGAGCUAUCACGAGGAAAUGUGAAGAAGUGUAAGCAGCUCCUUCAGAAAGCUGUGGAGUGCUCUGCUGUUCCACCAGAAAUGUUGGAAACUGCUCUGCAAAACUUCCGUUCACAAAAAAAGCAGUUGCUUUCAAAUGAGGAGAAGGAGAACUUAGCAGUGUCAAGUACACAAGAGUCUGGACUUCAGAGCAUAGUUGGAAAUCAGAGAAGCAUGAAAAAAAAUGAAUCUGGUGAAGGUUCUUCUACUCUUACCAGACUUUUGCUUGGGGAAGAGAAGUCACAGGAAGCUGAUGCCCUUGUUAGUUACCCCAAUCCAUUAAGACCACUAAGCAAAUCGAACCAGGCCUGCCCCUUUGGGAGGGUUCCUGUUAAACUAGUAGCUGAUGCGGGUGAUGAUGUGCAGAUGACAGAUAUCCCACUUACAGCUAGUGUUAUGAAGAGGCAAGUAUCCAGCUCCAAGUGUACAGCCUUCGUUUCACCUUUUCCACCACCAGAACCAAAAUCUAGUGGGGGUGAUUCAUAUGACCUGAGAGACUUAAAGAUGCUGGAUGAGAACAGCUUAGAAACGGCUGCCAGUUCAACAGUAACUCUCAAAACCAAAAUGGAUACAAGUCUUGUGAUGAAAAGAGAAGAAAAUAAAGUUCAGCAUCAGGAGCUGAAGGUACAAGAGCUAAGGAGUCUGGAAAGUCAACAGCAACAAUCUAGUUCUGAUGAAAGCUGUAGAAAGCAGUUGGAUCAGAUUAAACUAAACUGUGUUAGCAGCAGAAAAAUGUGGCCGGUUCAAGAAGUGACACAGAAAAGCUGCCAUAGAGAGGGAAAACAAUCAAGCCUUGAAAAAUCUGGUCAUCCUGUUUCAAAAGGAGUAUCGCCACCAGAUGCUGUUUCUAAGAAAAGUGAUCUAUCAUAUGUUUGUAGAACACCAAGCACCACGUGUAAUGACUAUAUGGACUGUUUCAGAACGCCAGUUGUAAAGAAUGACGUUCUACCAGGAUGUCAGAUUUCUACUCCCUACAGCCAGCUUCCAUAUUUCCUAUCACAUACUCCAGUGACUCCAUUUCAAAACCAAGUUGGCUUGCAGGUUCCAGCUUCUAUACCGUCAAAUGAAUGUCUUGCCAUCAAAGGAAGAGUUUAUACAAUAUUGAAGCAGAUAGGUAGUGGAGGUUCAAGUAAGGUGUUUCAAGUACUGAAUGAGAAGAAGCAGCUGUAUGCUGUCAAAUAUGUGAAUCUAGAGGAAGCUGAUCAACACACUGUUGAGAGCUAUAAGAAUGAAAUUGCUCAUUUGAGUAAAUUGCAGCAACAUAGUGAUAAGAUCAUCCGUCUUUAUGGCUAUGAAAUUACUGAUCAUCAUAUCUACAUGAUAAUGGAGUGCGGAAAUAUUGAUCUUAAUAGCUGGCUUAAAAAGAAAAAAAACAUUGAUCCAUUGGAACGAAAGAGCUAUUGGAAAAAUAUGCUGGAAGCUGUUCACACAAUCCAUGAAUAUGGCAUUAUUCACAGUGAUCUGAAACCAGCAAACUUUCUGAUAGUUGAUGGAAUGUUAAAACUAAUUGACUUCGGCAUUGCAAACCAAAUGCAGCCAGAUGUGACCAGCAUCAUUAAAGAUUCUCAGGUUGGCACAAUUAAUUAUAUGCCACCCGAAGCGAUAAAAGAUAUGUCUUCCUAUGGAGAAAAUGGGAAUUCUCGAUCUAAGAUAAGUCCCAAAAGUGAUGUGUGGUCAUUGGGAUGCAUUUUGUACUGCAUGACAUAUGGAAGGACUCCAUUUCAACAUAUAACAAAUCCAAUUAAUAAACUGCAUGCUAUUGUUGAUCCUAGUUAUGAAAUAGAAUUUCCAGAUAUUGCUGAGAAGGAUCUUCAAGAUGUGCUAAAGCAUUGUUUAAUAAGAAAUCCUAAACAAAGAAUAUCUGUUUCGGAGUUGCUGGUACAUCCCUAUGUUCAAAUUCAAAGUCAUUGUCAAACAGGUGUUCCACAUGCAAAAGGAACAACAGAGGAAAUGAAACGUAUCCUUGGCCAGCUGGUUGGCUUGAAUUCUCCCAACUCUAUUUCUAGAGCUGCUAGGACUUUAUAUGAACAGUGCAACAGUGGUAAAAGUCUUGAUGUAUCAGCAUUUUCAAAAGUUGGGAGCCAAAAAUCAUGGACAACAAAAUGAUGUGCUACUGUUCAGGAUGCAUCAGAUGUCUGACAGUUUGGGAGACUGCAUAUCUCAUGGGAACUGAAAGACGGGGAAACUGGAGAGGGGGAAAAGAAGUAUCAGCCUCUUCAGAGGAAAACUUGUGAAGAAAAUCUUUACUCUGCAGAAACACCUUUUCACAAAGAGUUGUUAUUGAAAUAUCUCCCAGAUACUUGUCUAGUUUAGAGAUCUUGAAAUCUUUCUGCAUAAUUACUGUAAUGUUAUAAUUGUUAACUUUCACUGUUUUGCUUCUUUUGUUAGUGUGGAAUAUGCAGAGAAGCAGUUCUAUGUGCCUUAUUUUUUCUGUUGUAGUCUAUGGUUUAUCAAUCCUUUCUCUUAUUUCGUGACUGCUAAAGAACUGACAGGGAGCUUAUGAAAGAGGACUGUUGAUGAGAGGCAGUGGGUUGUUAUCAGUCAUCCCUUUGAAAUAAAAAUUUUCCAUUGCAAAUGAGUAAUUGAUUUAUACUCCUUCCCUACCUCAAUGACACAAGAUGUCUGCCUGCCUUUGCAGAUGCCACUUACUGGCCCUCAGACUAUUCCUAUUGGAUUUUUUGCUUUACAGACAACCGUCCCUUUUCAGAUUCUGCUGGGAUCUUAGAAGUGUGUAUGAAGUACAGAAUACUAUGCUAUAAUAGGACAGAAAAUACUAGUCUUAAAUGUUGGGCAAUAUCAUCUGAUAUUGAAAUACAACUACAUAAAAAGUGGAAAGGUAAAUGAGAACACUUCAGUAAGUUCCCUUUAGUAAUUCUUAUUUGAAAAAUGGAUUUGGAAACUUUUAAAUCUAAUACAUGUGUUCCUAAGAACCUUCAC